UCUUUUCCUGUUGAUUCCGGACAUUGUGCUGCGGCUCUCGAACACACUGAACACCCCGACACUCGUCUCUGUUUAUUUCAUCAUAUCAUUAUUUCAUCUGUUCAUCAGCUCUGAAGAUCACUGAAUAAUGGCUUUCCAGUAUCCAAACGCCUAUAGAGACGAAUCAGUGGUGGACGACUAUCAUGGCUGUAAAAUUUCUGACCCGUACAUCUGGCUGGAGGAUCCCGACAGUGAAAAAACACAGGCCUUUGUGAACGCUCAGAAUCAGCUGACCCUGCCGUUCCUGGAGCAGUGUGAGGUCAGAGACGUCUUUAAGGAUCGCAUGACUGAACUCUACGACUAUCCCAAAUACAGCUGCCCCUUCAAACGCGGGAACAGGUAUUUUCACUUUUACAACACGGGUCUGCAGAACCAGAGUGUUUUGUACAUGCAGGAGAACCUUGAUGCAGAACCCAGCGUGUUUCUGGACCCAAACACCUUCUCCGAGGACGGGACGGUCGCUUUACGAGGUUACGCGUUCUCCGAGGAUGGCGAGUACCUGGCGUACGGUACCAGCGCGAGCGGAUCGGACUGGGUCGAGAUCCGUUUUUUGCGCGUGGACGGCGCCGUACUUCUGGAGGAUCAACUGGAGAGGGUCAAAUUCACCUGCAUGUCCUGGACUCAUGAUGGAAAGGGACUCUUCUACAACUCUUACCCCGAGCAGGAGGGCAAGAGUGACGGGACUGAGACGUCCACUAACCUGCACCAGAAGUUGUACUAUCACGUGUUGGGAACCCCUCAGUCUCAGGACGUCCUGUGUGCCGAAUUUCCCGAUCAGCCAAAAUGGAUGAGCGGUGCCGAGGUGUCUGAUGACGGCUGUUAUGUGCUGUUGUCCAUCCGAGAGGGCUGUGACCCGGUCAACAGACUGUGGUACUGUGACCUGAACGACGUGCCGCAGGGAAUCACUGGUUUGUUGCCAUGGGUGAAGCUGAUCGAUAACUUUGAUGCGGAGUAUGAAUACGUCACAAAUGAAGGAACCGUUUUCACUUUUAAAACCAACCUGGACGCUCCUCAAUAUCGACUCAUCAAUAUCGACUUCGCCCAACCAUCCGUCAGCCAGUGGAAAGAGCUCAUUCCCCAACAUGACAAAGACGUCAUCGUGUUUGCUACCUGUACAUACUCCAGCUUCCUGUUUGUGUGUUUCCUCCAUGACGUGAAGAACGUCUUGAAGAUGUUCCAUCUGUCUUCGGGGGAGGAGAUACGCACGUUUCCACUGGACGUCGGCUCAAUUGUGGGCUUCACUGGGAGGAAGAAAGACUCUGAGAUCUUUUACAGCUUCACCUCAUUUUUGUCUCCAGCGAUCAUCUAUCAUUGUGAUCUGACUAAAGAGCCGCUGCAGCCACACACCUUCAGAGAGGUCACGGUGAAGGGCUUCAGUCCUGCUGACUACCAGACCACUCAGGUGUUUUAUCCCAGUAAAGACGGCACCCAAAUCCCAAUGUUUAUUGUCCAUAAAAAAGGAAUCAAGUUGGAUGGUUCCCAUCCUGCCUUCCUAUACGGAUACGGAGGUUUCAAUAUUUCCAUCACACCCAGCUACAGCGUUUCACGGCUGAUAUUCGUCAGGCAUCUGGGAGGAGUUUUAGCUGUGGCCAACAUCCGAGGAGGUGGAGAAUAUGGAGAGACGUGGCAUAAAGCGGGGAUGUUGGCCAAUAAGCAGAACUGUUUCACUGACUUUCAGUGUGCAGCCGAGUAUCUGAUAAAGGAGGGUUACACUUCCUCCAGCAAACUCACCAUCAACGGAGGCUCCAACGGGGGGCUGCUCGUGGCGGCGUGUGUGAAUCAGAGGCCUGAUCUGUUCGGCUGUGCUGUGGCUCAGGUCGGAGUCAUGGACAUGUUAAAGUUUCAUAAGUUCACCAUCGGACACGCAUGGACCACUGAUUUCGGCUGCUCUGAAAUCAAAGAGCAGUUUGAUUGGUUAAUCAAGUAUUCUCCUCUUCACAAUAUCCGUGUUCCAGAAGGUGACGGUGUUCAGUACCCCGCCGUACUGUUGUUGACAGGUGACCACGAUGACCGCGUGGUGCCGCUGCACUCAUUGAAGUAUAUCGCCACCCUGCAGAAUGUGAUUGGUCACUGGCCCGGCCAGUCAAACCCUCUCUUUAUCUAUGUGGACACAAAGUCAGGCCACGGCGCAGGAAAACCCACCAGUAAAGUAAUUCAGGAGGUGGCAGACACGUACGCCUUCAUCGCUCGCUGCCUGAACCUCAGCUGGCUCGAAUGAAACGUUACGAGGCUCUUAACCUCCUCUAAGCUGUUCCUCUACUCCUGCAGGUUUAUUCUUCUUACAGUCCGAUUUAAUUCUUGCCUGUUUGCGCUCCUGUUCACUGAAAUACUCACUUUUCUUGGUCUCUGUCUUUCUCACUCCUCCACAGUUUCAUUAUUUGAUGUUACUUUCUACUAGACACGCUAAAAUCAUUUCAAACAGGAAGUGUUGGCUGAAUGCUCUAACCUGAACUGCAUUCAUGACUGAUUUCAUAUCAGUUCACCAUGUGUCACGGCUGUGUACGGGAUACACUGGGCUCUUGUGCUUAGGAAAUAUUAUAAUUACUGAGGUCACGGGGUGAAGUGUCAUAACCUCUCAAGCACUUUACUAAAACUGUAUUUAUUUGAUGACAGAAAGGCAUGAACAGUUACAGUUUAUGGAUCACUGCAUCACUUCAAUGUACAGCAUCCAUAAAGAAAUCAUUUUGCAAGUGAAUCUCAUGAAAACAUGUUCAGAUCACAUUUUGCCUCCAAAAACUAAAAGAAAUAAAUGUAAAUUAUGCGUAAAGAAAAUGAAUUCUGAUUUUUUUAGGAUUUUUAUUCUUUGUUACACUAAUUUUUAAUGGAUGUUAAGCACAUUUAAUCUUGGGGUUGAGUUUAAUGAUUUUAUUUUUCAUUACUGUAAUCUGUCUGGACAUGUUUCCCAUUAAUUCUCAUUACUCAAUAUGAGAAUAUAAUACAUAUUUUCAUUCAGCAUUAAUGAUAUAAAUGUGCAUAUAAAUACUUUGUAAUGUUACUGUAAUGACAAUGAGUAUUUGCAUACAGUACUGAGAAUUGGGGAGGAUGUCAUGAAAAAGUCACAUUAUUUCUUUUGAUUGGAGUUGAAAUAUAACCUGAGCAUGUUCUUAACAUGAGAUUCACCCUUACAGUGUUUGUGAGAAUGUGUUCAUUUGUUUGAAUGAGCUAUAUCUCGACAGAAAUCCGUUUCUACCUCCACAUUUAUGCAGAUGGUUUUAACUUUAAAGGGAAAAGCAAACAAAAUAACCGAGUACAAUAAAACCCAUUUGAACAUGAA